AUGGUCUCAUCGACCUCUGAGUGGCUGACUGCUGUGGCAACAAGACAAUGUCCUGAGAACAUCCUCCCUGCCCUGCAGCCGCCAGCUCGUUUUGGCUGUCCCAUACCCAUAGACGAGACUGUCGAGCGUGAGCCGGUUCGAUACUCACCAUGGAGCUAUCCGCCGUCCUGUCUUGACUCGGUAGCAAACCCGGACACCAAGUACUGCGUCUUUAGCAACUCGCGGCACGGGAGCAACGGUGUCAGCAUGAUCACGACACCCGAAACGGCAGCUAACAGCGUCGAGUUGCUCAACGAACGUAUAUCGGCGCACUGGGAACCGCGGCGGAGUAUGAACAACAGCAUCAUCGAGAGCGAGCCCGCUUACAAAGUCGUUCCCAUGCCCGGCAAAGGUCGUGGCGUCGUGGCCACUCGAUUAAUUCGCCGGGCUGAGCCUAUCAUGUAUGACUCGGCUUCCGUGGUCCUCGACACCCAGUUCCCGGGAUCCGUGAGGCAGACAGAUGGAUACGAGCUACUGCACCAAGCGGCCGAUCAGCUGGCGGACCCUGAACUAGUGCUCACGUUAGGUCGCACAAACACUAUGGCAGCAGACAUUGUAGAAGAUGUGCUGAGGACGAAUUCUUUCUCAACCCCUUUGGCGGGGGAGCCGCAUAUGGGGUUGUUCCCGGAAGUUUCGCGCAUCAAUCAUGCCUGUAGCCCUAAUGCCUUCACACGCUUUAUGCCUCGCAGCUUAGCCGUCAGUAUCAUCGCUGGGAGAGAGAUCCAGCCGGGGGAGGAGAUUACCAUCAGCUAUAUCCCAGUGACCAAGCCCUCAGCCGAGCGCCAAAGGUUGUUGAGCAGGUGGGGCUUCAACUGUACUUGCAGUCUCUGCAAGUCGUCCAAAUCAGCCCUCGCCAGCUCCGACUACCGACGGACCAAGAUCGAGACGAUGCGCCAAGACGUCGUUGCGGCGGUUGAGGCACGGGACGGAACCAUGGCUGUGAAGUUGACCCACGAAGUAUUGAGGCUGGCCCGUGUGGAGCGCUUGGAGGAGCUGAUACCUGAGCAGUACGAGAUCCUAGCGAGAAUUUACUGGGUGGCUGGCGACAAAGAGAGCGCGACAAAAUAUGCAAAGAUGAGCCUGGAUGUGUUGGAAGAGCAAGGGUAUAUUGAUAACAGACCGGAGCAUCUUGAGGUGUUGUUGAGGAGCUUUGACGAGGAUAAAUGAAUACGCGAGACAUGUCAUCUGCUAGUUCCUCGAACCCAAGAGCGGUCGCACAGAAAGGCCAUUGACUAACGGUGAGAACUCCAGUAGCUCGUGCAAUCAAGCCAUACAAAACACUACGGCGUCAGGUGUCUCCUGUCACCUGUCCGUUCUCUUGGCAAGGCCCAAAUGACUGACUCGAGUUGAGUAGCCCGUCCAGGUGGAAUGCAGACAUCCUGACGAGUUUGAUAACUUCUGCGUAUCUUGCCCGGACUGUGAGAGACUUGACAUGUGGACUCGGGAGUGCCUCGUUCGAUACCAUCAAUAUGAGGACUGGCCUGAAACUCCAGC